ACGCCCUGUUCUCGCUCAGCUAGCUAAACAAAAUGGCCGCCUUCCUGCAGUGGAGGAAAUUCGUCUUCUUCGACAAAGACACGGUGAAGGACCCGGCGGACAAUGGGAAGAACGUCGUGCUCCCGAGCGGCGUCUCGGCCUGCGACUCGGGCCGCGGCCACAUCGUCCUCGGAGAUAUGGAUGGUAAGAUCUGGCUCAUGACGCGCUCCCUGCAGCUGACGUGUUUUCAGGCCUACAAGCUGCGGGUGACCCACCUCUACCAGCUGAAGCAGCACAGCAUCCUCGUGUCAGUGGGGCAGGAUGAACAAGGAAUAAACCCUCUGGUAAAGGUCUGGAACCUGGACAAGAGAGACAGUGGAAAUCCUCUCUGCACAAGGAUUUUUCCUGCAAUUCCUGGCAACAAACCGACCGAAGUGUCUUGCCUCAGCGUACACGAGAACCUCAACUUCAUGGCCAUUGGCUUCACAGACGGCAGUGUGGUUUUGACCAAAGGUGACAUCACCAGGGAUCGCCACAGUAAAACGCUGACUCUCCAUGAGGGCAGCAGCCCAAUCACUGGCCUCGCCUUCCGCCAAGUGGCAAAGGUCACACAUCUGUUUGUCGCCACUCUGGAGAAGGUCCACUGCUACACCCUGUCCAUCAAGGAGUAUCCUAAAGUAGAGCUGGACACACACGGCUGUGCACUGUGCUGCUCCUCACUGGCAGACCCCUCCCAGGAUUCCCAGUUCAUUGUGGCCGGUGAUGAAUGCGUGUACCUGUAUCAGCCUGACGAGCGAGGGCCCUGCUUCGCCUUCGACGGACACAAGCUGCUCGCCCACUGGCACCGUGGAUAUCUGUUUCUACUCAUCAGGGACGCAAAGUCGCCAAAGACAGGGUUUGGUAGCAGGGAAAGCUCUCCGUCCGACAAACAGCUUCUGACCAUCUACGACCUUGACAACAAGUUCAUCGCCUACAGUGCCUCUUUUGAUGAUGUCAUUGACAUCGUGGCAGAGUGGGGCUCCUUCUACAUCCUCACCAGAGAUGGGAAAAUGUUUGUCCUUCAGGAGAAAGACACGCAGACAAAACUGGAGAUGCUGUUUAAAAAGAACCUGUUUGUGAUGGCCAUCAACCUGGCUAAGAGCCAGCACCUCGACAGUGAUGGGCUGUCGGAGAUCUUCAGGCAGUACGGUGACCACCUCUACCUGAAAGGAGACCACGACGGUGCCAUCCAGCAGUACAUUCGCACCAUUGGGAAACUGGAACCAUCGUACGUCAUCAGGAAGUUCCUGGACGCACAGAGGAUCCACAACCUGACCGCAUAUCUGCAGGCACUGCACAGGCAGUCACUGGCCAAUGCAGACCACACCACACUGCUGCUGAACUGCUACACCAAGCUGAAGGACAGCUCCAAGCUGGAAGAGUUCAUCAAGAGUAGUGAAAGUGAGGUCCACUUUGAUGUGGAGAUCGCCAUCAAGGUUCUCAGGCAAGCGGCCUACCACAGACACGCCGUGUUCUUGGCCGAGAAGCACAUGCACCAUGAAUGGUACCUGAAGAUCCAGCUCGAAGACCUCAAGAACUACCAUGAAGGCCUGCGUUACAUCGGACGACUGCCUUUUGAACAAGCUGAGAGCACCAUGAAGCAUUACGGCAAGACUCUGAUGCACCAUGUCCCUGAAGGCACCACGCUGCUCCUGAAGGGCCUGUGCACCAACUACCGACCCAGCGGAGACGGUGGUGAAAAAGACAGCCCAGAGAGGAGUCGGGUCAAUAAGGCCAACUCCGAGGAAUUCAUCCCAAUUUUUGCCAACAACCCUCGAGAGCUGAAAGCCUUCCUGGAGCAUAUGAUCGAGGUGGACCCCCGCUCUCCCCAGGGUGUGUACGACACACUGCUGGAGCUGCGGCUGCAGGACUGGGCACAUGAGCAGGACCCAGAGAGAAAGAAGGUGCUGCAGGGGGAAGCGGUGUCACUGCUGAGGAGCGACAACACGGUGUUCGACAAGGCCCUGGUCCUCUGCCAGAUGCACAACUUCAAGGAGGGCGUCCUGUACCUCUACGAGAAGGGCAAACUGUACCAGCAGAUCAUGCACUACCACAUGCAGAAUGAGGAGUAUGGAAAAGUGGUGGAGGCCUGCAAGCGGUACGGGGACCAGGAGGGCUGCCUCUGGGAGCAGGCACUGGGAUACUUCGCCAGAAAAGAAGAGGACUGCAAGGCCUACAUCAGCGAGGUCCUCCACCAUAUUGACCAGAACAACCUGAUGCCUCCGUUACUCGUGGUGCAGACACUGGCACACAACUCGACGGCCACGCUCUCCGUCAUCAAGGACUACCUCAUCAACAAGCUGCAGAGGGAGAGUCAGCAGAUAGAGGACGACGAACGCAAAAUCAGCCAGUACCGCGAGGAAACGUCUCACCUACGCGCUGAGAUCCAGGAGCUGAAAACAAGUGCCAAGAUAUUCCAGAAGACCAAGUGCAACAUGUGCAACAGUCCCCUGGAGCUGCCGUCCGUUCACUUCCUGUGCAGCCACUCCUUCCACCAGCACUGCUUCGAAAGCUACGCGGAGAGCGAGGCCGAAUGCCCGACGUGCACUCCGGAGAACCGCAAGGUCAUGGACAUGCUGCGUGCACAGGACCAGAAACGAGACCUGCACGACCACUUCAGCAGACAGCUACGAAGCUCUAACGAUGGUUUCUCGGUGGUGGCCGACUACUUUGGCCGAGGGGUGUUUAACAAACUGACAUUGGUCACCGACCUGCCUGGCAACAAAACAGUCGGGAAUCUAGAGGUGAACCUGCAGAGAGACCUGCUCAUCCACACCAAGAGGACCUGCUAGAAAACCUCUGCCUGUGAUUCCAUCUUCCACCAUGUGCUUUGCUGCGUACGACGCCACUUUAUUCAGCAGCGGAUGCAUUUGCCUGCUUGUCGUAGCUGUUGUGCACCUAUUAGCAUAAUUGUGUUGGUCGUCUGCGUCAUGGUCCACUGGAGACUGUACUUCAAUGUGUAAAUGUAGGGCUGCAACUAACGAUCAUUCUCUUAAUCAAUUAAUCUGUCGAUAUUGUUUUCCAAAACCCCAAGACAAUGUUUUGUUUUGUCCACACACCAAAGAUAUUCAGUUUACUGUCACAGAGGAGCACAGAAACCAGAAAAUAUUCACAAUUAAGAAGCUGAAAUCAGUGAAUUUAGACUUUUUUUUAGUAAUCGAUUACUAAUCGAUAAACUGUUGCAGCUCUAUGUAGAUGUACUCUAAUUUAAAUCAUGUAUCACUGGGAACUUAAAACAUCGCUGAAUCACAACUUGUAGAAUUCUCCUUCUGAGAGUUUGCAUGUAGUCAUGUGAUCUUACACAUAACCCUCGAAAAUAGUCGAACCCUCUGCCAUUAAUAAAUUUAUGUGAUGGCUUGCACUCUAACUUAAAGAUUAAAACAUUAAAUGAAGUCAUUAUCAGGUGAA